UUCUCUCUCUCUCUCUCUCUCUCUCUUGCAGGAAUAGCGACACUAUGAGCUGGAAUGACAAAGGCAAUCUCAAGAUUGCCUCACCAAAUGAUGGCAAAAAAAGGAGAUGUGACCUUCGAUGAAGAUUUCAACAAACUGGAAACGCGUUUCAACAGUGUAGUGAAAAGCGUCAACGAACUGCGGCAACAGAGCAGUGGUUUCCGUGACUCAGUAGCUUGUAAGCGAUGCUAGAGCAUCAAAUGGGUGGUGCCACCGCGAUAGACGAAAUUUAUGAUCCAAUGAUAGGAGUUCAGCAGUCUGAGGAAGGGGUAGUUAAACGACGACCUAGCGAAGUUUCUUC